GUGGAAAUCUUGCAGCAGAUAAAAUAAUGUCAACAGUGCGUUGCGGUCUAUCAAAACAGUAUCUAGUGCUGGAGGAAUAAUGAUGGACGCUGUAUCUCUCUCUGAGUCUAGCCCGUCUAGAGUUGGCAGUAUCACUAGUACUGGUACCGUCUCGAGCAGUGUCGGGGUGAAGAUAGGAGGGCUAUGGAAGCGUUCUCAAGGACUGUCAAGAUUCACCAAGCCUAACUACAAGCACCGAGUGUUCAUACUAACCGACCAGUCCCUCUCCUACUAUGCAGGCACAGUGGAUAGGGUUAGCCAACAGAAAGGCAGAAUAGAGCUGGCCAGUAUCCGUGCAGUAGAGUAUGUGGACACUUCAGCCUUCCAUCUCGCUCACACUUUGCAGAUUGUCUACUACAGCAAAAAGAGUGGCUUUGUAAAGCUCUAUGUAACGGCUGCAGACAAGACUCAAGCUGCAGACUGGGUGUCAGCUCUCAGACAAGUUUGCUACUUCAACAAGGACAUGCUCAUGCACUACCACCCUGGAGCUUACAUCAAGAAUAAGUGGUCAUGCUGCAAACAGAGAGGACAAGUGAUGCUUGGUUGCCAGCCUACCUACCACCUCCUCACACGAAGCUCCUCCCGUUACGCUCAGAUGAGACGCAGGGACACACUCACUAACAAACGCUCCCGUAACAGCACUGUCACUAGUGGCUUCUCCACAGUGGACCGAUGUGAGAGAAAACCCUUCAAGGCUGGCCAGGGACUCAGUAACAGUUGUAUGGACCUUGCCAUCCACCCCCCUCACAGGAUAGAGACUUUCAUGGACUCUCCAUCAUCGACAAGAAGCAGUCGAUUCUCAACCGUUGACCCUACUCUCAUUCGAGUCUCCUUUGCCUCCAGUGACGGUGGAGCUGAGGCUGCAAUGUCUUCCCUCAAGAGAAGGAGUCGAUGUAAAGUAGGCCCUGAAGCUACUCCCUUACCCACAGACUUUGAACAAUUAACUGAGAGCUCUGACUCAGUGGGGAAUGUUGAGACUCUACCAGUGUGUAGUAACAGUGAUCCCGAAGCGUCCCCUCCUCCGCCCAUCCCUCCUCCACGUACCAAGAGAGGUUCCUCGUCUCUCACACAGUCUCAUAGCAUCCACUUUGUUCCCAGGGUGACCUCGAUAUCUGAGGACGAUGGACAGUCUAAAGCCACGAGGCCGUUGAAACAUAGCAACACUUUCGUCGUACAGAGACAUAAUGUCAUCAAGAGGAGUGGUGGAUUUGGCAAGAAGAUAGAGCGAGGAUUAAGCCACAGUAUGAGUGCACUGAGCAAGCCUAUGAUUGAACCCAAGGUGUCCGCCACUGACCCCAACAUUAUUCAUGUGUGAACACUAACUAUCUUUCAUUGUUUCUCUCUGUUGGUUUUGUAAAUUGAUAAUUCAUGCAAUCAUGCUCGUACAGUUGAA